ACCCAGGUUUGACUUCGUUCGAGCACAUUGAUCAUAAAUAGUUAACUACAUAUAUGGCUGGAUUACCAAGGUCAGAUAUCUCGUUUAGACGAUCAGGUUCAUCAGGACUUGUUUGGGAAGAUAAGUUGUUAUCAGGGGAGCUUAAGCCAAGAAAUGAAGUAGGAAGAGAAAAAAACGAGCCACAAAGAUCAGCCCCCAAACCAUAUCGAACCACAGAUGUUGCGCCUGCUAUUGACCCUCCAUCACCUAAGGUAUCCGGCUGUUGUGCCAUAUUUGGCAAAGCCACCACCACUCAGAAGCCGAAAAGAAGAGGCCACGGCAAGUCAUGAUUACCCAAAAAUUUUAUUAAUUGCAUUCUUUCGGGUCAAGUUUCUGUUCUUUUGAUCCUUGUGAAAGAGUCUUUGGGUGGUUACACCAGUUGUAGGCAAUUAGUUUGGCUGAAAGUUGACAACACAACUUUUUUUCACCUUCAUUUUGUGUGACAAAGAUUGUGUAACUAGUUUCACCCAAACUAAUAGCUUUGUUGACUACACAACAUCGAUACAUACAUAUAUGUUGUAUUUUUUUUAUGUUAGUUAUCUAUAUAAAUAUAUGAU